GACCAAACCACGCGAGAUUUGAGAACUGGUUUCAUUUGUGACGUUAUGCACGACGCAUGACGGGUCGGAACAAACCUGCAUCGGGAAAAAUCCUUAUGAGUUGAUCCCACACGUCGGACUGUUCACAGAUUUUUUUUCUUUGCGCUCUGUGUUUGCACGCCAGAUUAGGCUAGACUUGCACGAUUGCAUUGCUUUGAUGCACAGAGACACAUUCUAACCGUCGGGCCUGCUUUUGUACUCGCCGUGUAGUUUGCGUUUAAUUUUGGAAGACAACCAACCAGAAAUCAAAGGAGAACAGAAGUUUUCUACGCGGUUGUUUGUUGCCGUGGGUCGUGCUACUUGGCAGGAAUGUCCCAGAAGGAUAGACCCACUUUCUACCGACAGGAGCUCAACAAAACAGUAUGGGAGGUCCCGGAGCGGUAUCAGAACCUGUCGCCUGUAGGCUCGGGGGCUUACGGAUCCGUGUGCUCCGCUUAUGACGUGAAGACAGGCCUGAAGAUUGCAGUGAAGAAGUUGUCCAGGCCCUUCCAGUCGAUCAUCCAUGCCAAGAGGACGUACCGGGAGCUGCGGCUUCUCAAACACAUGAAGCACGAAAACGUGAUCGGCCUCCUGGAUGUGUUCUCUCCGCAUGUCACUCUGGAGGAGUUUAGCGACGUGUACCUGGUGACUCACCUGAUGGGCGCAGACCUCAACAACAUCGUCAAGUGCCAGAAGCUGACGGACGACCACGUGCAGUUCCUCAUCUACCAGAUCCUCCGGGGGUUAAAGUACAUCCACUCAGCAGACAUCAUCCACAGAGACCUGAAGCCAAGUAACCUGGCUGUAAAUGAAGACUGUGAACUGAAGAUUCUGGACUUUGGUCUGGCGCGACACACAGACGAUGAGAUGACCGGCUACGUGGCGACGCGGUGGUACCGUGCGCCGGAGAUCAUGCUCAACUGGAUGCACUACAACAUGACCGUUGACAUCUGGUCAGUGGGUUGCAUCAUGGCGGAGCUGCUGACCGGACGAACCCUCUUCCCUGGAACCGACCAUAUUGAUCAGUUGAAGCUAAUCAUGCUGCUCGUCGGGACUCCCAGCCCAGAGCUCUUGAUGAAAAUAUCUUCAGAGUCUGCGAGAAACUACAUCAACUCACUCGCCCAAAUGCCAAAAAGGAAUUUUGCUGAUGUGUUCAUCGGGGCAAACCCAAUGGCCGUGGACCUGCUGGAGAAGAUGCUGGUUCUGGACACGGAUAAGCGGAUCACGGCAUCAGAGGCGCUGGCCCACCCGUACUUCGCCCAGUACCAUGACCCGGACGACGAGCCGGAGGCCGACCCGUAUGACCAGAGCUUCGAGAGCCGUGAGCUGGAGAUCGACGAGUGGAAACGCCUCACGUUUGAGGAGACGACGACCUUCGUCCCGCCACCCCUCGAUGAAGACGAGAUGGAGUCGUGAGGGAGGAAGGAGGCGCAUCCCCACCCCCCGACAGGAAAACACAAACACAAACAAGAACACAAACACAAACUGGAAAUGGAUCUCAAAGUGCCUGCAGUUGCACCGUCAGCUCUGGGUUCCUCCACAGGUCAAAGGUCAAAGGUCAAACGAGGCAAUAUCUUAGGCUCCUCCCCCCACCUGUUAUAAGAUGACAUACUGACGUACUGACGCAGGGAAGAUGCAGAAGACUGCUAGCUUGACAGAAGCGUAUUUGAAUGCUUUUUCCUCUGAAUUAGCACACACAUAGUCAGGUAUGAACACACAACACACAGCAAGGAAGACUUGACAUUAAAAGCAGACAUUGUGAUGCACAGUGUCCAGUCUAAGCCUGUAGUUGGGGUUUGAGUUGGAUUGCCCCCCUGAUACACACACACACACACACACACCUCAGUGUUUUAGCUGUGUAAAUAAAUACAUUAGCACUCUUGUAAAUAAAGUGUAAACACAGUUACCAGUUACUCUGCCAAGGACCGUCUCCAGCCUCUAGCCUCUCACCGCCCGUACACACACACACAUACACUCUCUCAUACAUACAUACACACACACACACACACACACACCACCCACUUACACACAC